AUGUCAUCCUCAAGUAGCUUUCCGCUGUUUUCCAAAUUGCCAACUGAGCUAAGGAUCCUCAUAUGGGAAAUAUCCAUCUUGGAUCAUCAUCGGGACCGACUCGUACUAGUCAAUCAGACCACCAAACGAGCGAUAUGCUUUCGUAAACUUGCUUGUUCACCACACUUUAGCGCUACAUCGGAAAGCCGUGGGGUUGCUAUGGAAUUGUACCCAGUUAAACUCCCCGUUUCACAAAUGCUCUACAAUGAAUACCAUCUAGACGACCGAGUUGACGACAAUGAGGACACAGAUGUCUCGAAAUAUCCUUCUAAAGGAGCUAUCUACAUCAGCCUCGCCCAAGAUGUCUUCACACUUAACCUCGAUGAGUUAGCAAGGUCGUACUUUUUUAAUGAACGUGGUCGCGUUCGUGGCGGUGUCAAGAAUUUCGGGUGGAGAUCAACAACGAGUCUAUCACCGUCUCAGUGCCAAAGUGUGCGGCGUAUUAUGUUAACCAAUUGUCUCGACGACUCGCCACCGCCGGAUGGAUGUCGUCGUACAGCGUACUGUUCCAUACAUCGUGGCGAUCUUGCUUAUCGCGAGGCUUGGCACGAUAUCAUCGCUUUCCCUAACGCCAAGGAAUGCAAUUAUGUUGUGUUGGACGACCACAGUUUAAUGGACGAAAUGGGGUUGUAUCAAUGUAUACUGAAAAUGACAGGCGAAUCAUUGAUGAAACUAUUUGAAAAGAAGGGGUGGCUGGCCCGCUUUAGUGCCGAGGAGGUAAAAAGGCUACAAGCUGCGGACGAAGUUUCGGAAUGCGUCUGUGAUAGGCAACAGCUCCAGGGUUGA